GAUACCAGUACAUUUUUGGGGUUUCAACUGAAAUAUAUGAAUAAAUUAAAGUAUUGUAAUAAUUUAUUCAUAAUUCAUUGGUAUUGCCCCUCCCCAAAAAGUAUCCAAACAAGUGGAAAAUAUAAGCCAUUUUAAUUCAAACUUAAAGCAAUUAAAAAGCGAUGUGAUUUGACUACAUUAGAUUAAUGAAAAUUAACUACCAAUGAAGCUAUGAUGUCGGGCGAAGGGUUGACAUGAGAGAAAGGCGAUAGCUACAAUGUAUCGUCCUCAGACAUAGUUACCUCUGCUCUGUUCGCUUAGAUGACUUUUUCCUGACACUGAGCAUAGACAUUUCUGCUGCUGUUGAGUAGAGGAUCAUUCUCUUCGAGCACUGUGCCUAUGACUUCACCGUGGGGUGGGCUGGAGACAUGCACCCACCAUCAAGGGAGGACUUUGUGUCUUUAACCCUCACUGGACAAGGAAGUGGCAUCUAUAAUAACAGUAAACAGUGGAGAAGACAGUCCUGCUGGAGGAAAUGGAAACGGUUAUCCAGAUUGCAGCGCAACCUAAUCCUCUUCACCGUGGCUCUCAUGUUAGUUUGUGGGAUUUCUACUUAUCCCAGUGUCACAGAACAUUUCCGAGGCCUUACUGUUGUUGCGAAGGAGGAAGGGGACCAUGCUCUGAAACCUGUCAUCCAUGAGGUCCAACCUGAGUUGGACAAACUGAACCGACCGCUAGUACCAGAGUCACCUUCAGAGAAGCAGAAGAGGGCAGCCCGCAAGCGGGGGCCACCCAGCCUGCAGAACCGACUGCAAAAGAAAGGGAACGUGUCAGAUACCCAGGUGGAGAAAGAGGAGGGAGAGAAGCCACUUGUAAACUGGCGUGUGGCCAUGAUGGACCAAGCCACUGAAAGAGGAACUGCCAAGGAAGCAGCGAACAAGGUGGAUGUCCCAGCGGUUGAGCAAGAGGGCCAUUCACACAAGGAGCCAGAAGUCGAUAGGCUUGAGGCAGUACGUGAUGCUUUCAGACAUGCAUGGAAGGGCUACAAAGAGUUUGCCUGGGGGAAAGAUGAGCUGAGGCCCAUGUCUAAGUCCUAUGGAGAGUGGUUUGGCCUAGGCUUGACCCUAAUUGAUGCACUGGACACAAUGUGGAUCCUCAACCUCAAAAAAGAGUUUGAGGAGGCUAAGACCUGGGUGUCCACAGAGCUGUCCUUUAAUAAAAACGUGGAUGUGAACCUGUUUGAGAGCACCAUCCGUAUCCUGGGCGGCUUGCUGAGCACUUACCAUCUGACUGGAGACAUUCUGUUCCUGGACAAGGCUAAAGAUAUAGGAACGAGGUUAAUGCCUGCCUUCAACACCCCGUCCAAGAUCCCUUACUCAGAUGUGAACAUUGGGAAGGGUACGGCCCAUCCCCCUCGAUGGACGUCGGACAGCACUGUUGCGGAGGUCACCAGCAUCCAGCUGGAAUUUAGGGAGCUGAGUCGCCUCACUCAGGACACACGCUACCAGGCUGCAGUGGACGAGGUCAUGCAGAAAGUCCACAAGUUGGAGGGGAAGCAGGAUGGCCUCGUCCCCAUGUUCAUCAACACCAACAGCGGCCAGUUCACCCAUUUGGGGAUGUUCACGCUGGGUGCACGGGCAGACAGCUACUACGAAUACCUCCUCAAACAGUGGAUCCAGGGAGGCAAGAAGGAGACGGCGUUGCUGGAGGAUUACCUGCAGGCCCUGGAGGGAGUGAAGAAGAACCUGCUGAAGAAGUCCUCUCCGAACAGGCUGACCUUCGUAGGGGAGCUUUCCCAUGGCAGGUUCAGCCCCAAAAUGGACCACCUGGUGUGUUUCCUCCCUGGGACCCUGGCUCUAGGGGCCCACCACGGCCUGCCAGCCGAACACAUGGAGCUGGCCAAGCAGCUGAUGGAGACCUGCUACCAGAUGUAUGCCCAGAUGGAGACUGGCCUGAGCCCUGAGAUUGUCCACUUUAACAUGCACGAGGGCAGCAUCGGAGAUGUAGACGUGAAGCUUGCAGACAGACACAACCUCCUGCGCCCUGAGACGGUGGAGAGCUUGUUCUAUCUGUACAGGUUCACUAAAGACCGGAAGUACAGGGACUGGGGCUGGGAGAUCCUCCAGAACUUUAACAAGUAUACCAAGGUUUCUACUGGUGGCUACACGUCCAUCAACAACGUCCGGGACCCAGAGUACCCCAGCCCCCGGGACAAGAUGGAGAGUUUCUUCCUGGGGGAGACUCUCAAAUACUUCUACCUGCUGUUCUCAGAUGACCCGGAGCUGCUCAGUCUGGACAAGUAUGUGUUCAACACAGAGGCUCACCCCCUGCCCAUCUGGCCCACUGCACAGUGAGAGAUACACAGGGCAAGUCAACAUGAAGCACACAUACAGUAAUACAUCACAGCUCAGGGCUUGGCUAACACCAAUAUAUCUUGUUAUUCCUUAUUGUAUAUCUCAGUGACUCAAAUUUGGGUUGGUUUACCCUCUCCUAAAUUGAAAACUCUGGGAGAAAUGCCUAUUUUUAAAAGCCAGAAUUCAUUGUUUGUUUAAAAAGUGAGGGGGGGGGGUAGCAGCAGUAGUGUUGGGGUGAGAUUGAAGCAUAGUAGCUUUGAUAUAUAUUUUGUUAUCUUUGUCUGUUCUCGCCACAUUGCUGCUGAGGAGGCCUGUCUAUCCUCUGAUAAUGACAGUUGUUUACUCUGAAGGAAGAGUGGAAAACAUGAGGCAGCCAAGCUAUGUCCUUGGCUCAUCAUGGUCAUUUUGUACACCAACACUAGAGAAAGAUAUGAGCGUGACUGGACUCCAAGUUGUGCCUAAAUUGGAGGCAGCAGCAGCCUGAGAGGAAGUGCUAGUUUGACAGAAUACAGCACUGAGUGACAAGUGACACCCCCUAUCAUGGACUUCCCACAUGAAGAAAGUCUAUAGUAUACUAUGGUAUAAAUCACUAUAGUGUAUACUGUAGUAUUUACAGUUAACUAUAUUAUAAACACUGCAGUAAAGAAAAACAGUAUUAUUUACUAGAACAUUCUAUAGUAAGUACUACACAUAGUUGAGGGAUACUACAGUGUAUAGUAUACUACCGCUUACUAUGGAAUUCUAUAAUACGUACUGUAGUAUUCAUAAGAAAUGUAUGUGGGUUUACAGUAAAUGACCAAGUAUUGUGAUAAAACAUUCUGUGUCCCUGGAUCCUCUCACUCUCCGGUCUCUUGAUCGCAUUCUUAAGAAAUGGUUUAUACCGUCAUGUCAGGCAUAGAAUAGUCUGAUUUGAAUUGCAUACUGUGAACCUUUUUGUGUAUGGCGACUGCAAGCACGUAUUGUUUAAUUUCCCUGUGUUUUGAAUUUGACUGACUCAGCUGCUAUUAUAUUUAAUGAAUGUUAUGUUUUACUUAUUGGUCAUGCUUUUCUUUGUUGUGGGGUCAAACUAGUGUAAGUUGGAGUGGACAUUUAGGUAGUUUUAGUUAUACAAAUGUUUGUGAGAUUUAAGAUGAAUUUUGUUAGUAUCAUUUGAAUUAAUUUGUAGUGUAUUGUGGUAUACUACAGUGCCUUCAGAGAGUAUUCAUACCACUUGACUUAUUCCACAAUUUGUUGUUGCAGUCUGAAUUCAAAAUUGAUUAAAUAAAUGUAUCCUCUCACCCAUCUACACAAAAUACCUCAACAUGACAAAGUGAAAACCAUGUUUUUAGCAAAUUUAUAAAGAAAUGUAAUACGUAAGUAUUCACACCCCUGAGUCAAUACAUGUUAGAAUCACCUUUGGCAGCAACUACAGCUGUGAGGCUUUCUGGGUAAGUCUUUAAGAGCUUUGCACACCUGGAUUGUACAAUAUUUGCACAUUAUUAUUUUCAAAAUUCUUCAAGCUCUCAAGUUGGUUGUUGAACUUUGCUAGACAUCCAUUUUCAAGUCUUGCCAUAGACUUUCAAGCUGAUUUUAAGUCAAAACUGGAACAUUCAAUGAAAUCUUGCUAAGCAACUCCAGUGUGUAUUUAGCUACACUUGCAAUAACAUCUGCUGAACACAUGUAUGUGACCAAUAAAAUUUGAUUUAUUUGGCCUUGUUUUAGGUUAUUGUCCUGCUUAAAGGUGAAUUUGUCUCCCAGUGUCUGUUGGAAAGCAGACUGAACCAGGUUUUCCACUAGGAUUUUGCCUGUGUUAGCUCUAUUCUGUUUUUUGGAUCAUGAACUCCCUAGUUCUUGCCAAUGACAAGCAUACCCAUAACAUGACACAGCCACCACCAUGCUUGAAAAUAUGAAGUGUAUCUUUGUUUUGACUGGGUGUUUUUGUAUACCUUUUAUAGUGUAAUCACUUCACCAUACUCAAAGAGAUAUUCAAUGUCUGUUUUUUUUUUACCCAUCUAUCAAUAGGUGCCCUUCUUUGCGCAGCAUUGGAAAACCUCUAGUCUUUGUGGUUGAAUCUGUUUGAAAUUCACUGUUUGACUGAGGGACCUUACAGAUAAUUGCAUGUGUGGGGUACAGAGAUGAGGUAAUCACGUUAAACAAUUAUUGCACACAAAGUGAGUCCAUGCAACUUAUGUGACUUGUUAAGCAAAUGUUUACCCCUGAACUUAUUCAGGCUUGCCAUAACAAAGGGGUUGAAUACUUGACUCGACAUUUUAAACUGUAAACCAACAAAAUGUGGGGACAGUCGGAGUGUGACUACUUUCUGAAGGCACUGUAUAUCUGGAUAGGCUGUAACUCCCAUACUUCACCAUCAUUCCUGUAAAUAUCUAUUGGGAAUGUAAUAUGUACAUUUUCCACUCUCGUGAUUCUGUUUGUAGUGGUAUUUUAUUUAAACGUUUGAGACGCAAUUCAACAUCCUAGGUGUAUAGUGUGAGAUUGUAGUUUUCUUCCCAAUUUGAAUGUUCAGCGCUCUCCUCCUUCACUGUUGUUUCACUAGUGCCUUCAACGUUGCUCUGGUUAACCUUAUGAAACUAUUUUGACAUCAUUCAUAAAUUGCUGUUUUGUUAUGGAAAUGUGGGUAGAUUUUUGUUUUACAUAUUCAUGGAGUGGAAUAAGGAAUGUCAUUUUCCAACAGUCUUUCAACCAUUUGCUGGAUGUACUUCUGUAACUUUCAAACUGCAUGCACUUAUAGUACAUAUCACGAAUAAGGGCUCUGCUUGCUAUCCCUCUUUCACAUUUCUGAUCAGUUGAUAUACUGCUGGUUGGAUUUCAAAUUCCUUUUUUAGAACUGUUAUGUUUCUCAAAAUGGAUUCUAAACUUUUAUAAACCAAAGAUAUCCUGGUUAUUACAAUAUCUGGAAUGAAUCUACACAUCAUUCUGUGAGGAUUGACAAAAUAAGCCAUUUCCCUAAGCCAUGUUUUAUAACAAUGUAAACUAAGGACUAUUGGAGUUUUUGAUACAGCAUCUGAAGUCAGCUGUUAGCUAACCAAGGUCAACAGCGUGUUAAUACUGUCUUGGUUAAUCACGUCUGCUGCUGUUCUGAUUCCCUCAAGCUGUGGAGGAGCAUUUUAUUUCAAACUGCUAAUGCCAUAUACCCACCUGGGACCUCAAGGCAAAAUAAGAAAUAUAAGUUAUUGUAUUUUUCUUGCAUAUUGUAAACAUUUGCAGUCAAUGUUACACAUUGGUCAGAAUCUCUCCAAUUCAAUUCAACUAUGCGCCUAUGACAUUUGCAACACUGUAUUUUGGAACAGCCCGUGUGAUGAGACUGCAACACCAGUGACUCAGAUGGAAAGUAGUACACCCAUGUCUUGAUUUAAAUCUCUUUCAACUUGGGCAUGAACAUGCUAAACCAAGGGCUGGGAGCUAAUGGGACCAGUGUUUCUGGGUCUGUGAACGUUCUUUAAGUCAUGACCUUUCAAAAUGUGUUAUGAAUCAUGUCACUUAGUUUUAUUAAACCAUGGACCAGCUUUAAUUUUGUAUAAAUGUCAACAUUAAAACACUUUAUAGAA